AUGAAUUCUUAUGAAUUUAUUGACACUGUCAAAACUGAAAAAGAAAAUGCAAUUGCAAGCUACAAUCGAUUUACAAAAAUCACAAAACUUGUACAACUAAUCGAAGUUUUCGUCGCAGUUGCAUUGAUCUCAUGGUCAUCAACUCGGCUUCCGCUAGUAUUCAAAUAUACUAGCGAAUAUUUAUUUGCAUUUUUAUGUUACAUAAAAAACCAACAUGUUGUGUUUCUGGUAGGAAACACGAUUGUUGUUAUUUGUUACGUACUUUCGCGUAACAACACCACCAAUAUCGAUAUUCCUAGUAACAAUUUGAAACAAGUAACGGAAACUUUGUCGGUAAGAGAAUUUGAGGUUGUUCCAAAAAUCCCGGAACAAGAAGUUACGGCCGAGAUAGUGAUUAAAAAAGCGGCUAAGCAAAUCGAGAGGUUUAAGAGAACACAAUCGGAGAAAUUGAAGUCGGAGAUAACAGUUAAGAGAGAGUUACGACGGUCAGUGACUGAAAAACGGAUGCCGGUGAAAUCGGUUGAGAGAUUGACUAAUGAAGAAUUUCGGAUUGCAGUUGAGGCAUUCAUUGAAAAACAACAAAAGUUUCUUAAGGAACAACAACAAAAUGUCGUUGUUGGUGAAGAUGAAUGUUAA